AAUUUGAAGUUUUUUUAUUUUUUGCAGAUCAACCGAAAAUUAUAAAAGACUUCUAACUCCAUAAUGGAAGGUCGUAGAGGCUUGAGGAGAGGUCUCAUUUUGUAGAGCAUUGUGCACUCUAUACGACCAGGACCUCUUCUUAAAAUCGAAUUUUUAUCCGAAAAGAGAGGUGGGAUACCCUUAAUUCAGUUGCUUUGCUUAUUUAGCUGAAGAUAUGAAUAUUGCUCCGUUAAAAUGAUCAUGUCGAAAAAAUUGCCAAAAAAUCUCAAAAAGUCUUAAAACUGUCUAAGUUUUCGUAACAUUUUGGACGUUUUUAAGUAUUCAUGUAGAAAUUUGAGAGUUCUUUAUAUUUUUCGGCAAUUUCUUUUCAAAAUAAAUGUGACUUCUUGUACUUUUCAUGUUUAGGAAAUAUAUCGCAAUAUUUUAAUAAAAUUAAUACAUUGACCUGUCAUUUACAUGAUCAUUAUCCAAAAAUUUAUGAAGAAUUUGGCAGUUUGUCAUCGACAAGCAUCUUUCCGUUCGAAGAUUUCAUUGGUUAUAUUGGCGACGGUCAUUAUGGCUCUCGCAACAUAGCAGAGCAGCUUAUUUUUUACUACUCAAUCGAUUUUUUCGUAAAUAAUGCCGUUGACAAUCGACAAGACAGUUUUAUAGAUCCUGACUCAUAUGAAAUGAUUGACAUUGUUAAUGUGGAUAAACAUGACAAGCGUAUUAUACUCCAUCAUAAUUCUGUGUGUGAUUGUCAUGAUGUACGUAAUUGUGUUGUUGUCGGAUCACGUUUCAUCAUCCACAGUAACAUGUUCCACUCUUUAUUGUACAAGAAGCGUCAGAAAACAAACAGCUAUUUUGUAAUAGCUAGACUCAAAACUAAUUUAAUCUUCGGAAAAAUUCUAUUUUUCUACUUAAUCAAGGAUCACGAUUCCUUCGCUUUAACUCAGUGACAUGAAGAAAUUCAUACUUUUUCUGAUUUUUUUAAAGAUACGCCGUUUUAUUCGUUACUUCGAAAACCUUCGGCUAUGUUUUUUUAUGUACUACAUAAGUGUCCUUUGGAUACUAACCUUUCUGUACCCGUUUCUUCAAUCACAGGCCAUUGUAUAGUCUUUGAAAAUGAGAAUUCACUCAUUGUAACUAAUGUAUCCCGAUUAGAUGAACAUGAUUAAUUAUUAUUUGGAGAAUAAAUUGUGAUAAUAAACUUAACGAGUUUUACACACAUCUGCCUAACUUUAUAGCUCCAGCCUUCCAAAACUAGAAAAAGAGGUUGGCGAACUUAUAUAUCAUAAUACACUUAGCUUUCGUCGACAUACUUACCAGAUCUCUUAUCCUAGACAUACAAAUAGAUGUUUUUUUCUGGUGUAUACUUUCAGAUUAAUUAUACCUGACAUUAUGGCUACUGGUGAUACUGAACGUUCUAGACGGGCUGCUAAGCCACCCGCUAUUUACACGCCGGAUGAUUCCUUUUUAUGUGUUAUGGAUGCGCAAAAUCCGACUGAUUACACAUGUAUACAUAAUAGUAUUAUUGCAAAAUCAAGUGGAAAACGAGUUCUGGUGAAAGAUGGGAAUACAAUGUCGGAAAAGAUCAUUAUAGCCAGAGACUCUGAAUCGGCUAUGACAAAAAAAGCUCAAGUACUCAGUCGUGUUGCUUCACAACCAUUGGAAGAAGAAGUAAGUGGAGACGAUAACGAUGGCAAUAGUGGUCGUAGAAGUGGAAGUGGUGCUAUCAUGUCAAACUUCUCUUCUUUGCUACAAAAACCCGAAUAUAAUCCAAAGUUUUAA